AUGUGCUCUUUGACACCGUCUGCUUAUUUCGCAUGUUAUACUGUUGAAAAAUCUGCUCAAGAUUUAGAUAGUAGUUUAGAUAAUGGUCUUAGUUCAAAUAAAGCGGCUGAGAAAAGAAAAACAAAUGGUUAUAAUGAAUUUGAAGUUGAGGAAGGUGAUCAUCCAGUUGUCAAAUUUAUUAAGCAAUUUGUGGAAAAUCCACUUGUCCUUUUACUUCUUUGCUCUGCCGUAAUUUCUUUAAUAAUGGGGAAUCAUAAGGACGCAUUUUCUGUAUUCUUGGCUGUAACUAUAGUCACUGCAGUCGGCUUUGUCCAGGAAUAUAGAUCAGAAAAAUCUCUUGAAGCUCUGAAUAAAUUGGUUCCACAUCAUUGUCAUUUAACUCGUGAUGGUCAUUUGGCAACAGUUUCAGCUACCGAAUUAGUACCAGGAGAUCUGGUUCGAUUCGGUGUUGGUGAUAGAGUUCCAGCAGAUGUAAGAUUAGUAACGGCGGUAAAUUUGGAAAUUGAUGAAUCAAAUUUAACGGGUGAGACUAAACCUAGAAAAAAGGCUAUUGAUGUAAUUACUUCCGAAAAUAAUUAUGUGGAAUCAAUUCAAGAAAGAAAAAAUAUCGCAUUCAUGGGAACUCUGGCCAUGGAUCCGGUAUUGUUGUUGGAACUGGAAAUAAUACUGAAUACGGCCGAAACACCAAAAACUCCAUUUCAGAUUAGCAUGAAUGAUCUUGGGAAAAAGUUAUCUUAUUUGUCUGGUGCAAUUAUUGCAGUUAUAGUUACCAUUGGACUUAUACAAGGACGACAAUGGCUGGAAAUGUUUACAAUUGGAGUAAGUUUGGCUGUGGCUGCUAUUCCUGAGGGACUUCCCAUUGUUGUAGCUGUUACCUUGGGUUUGGGUGUUUUACGAAUGGCUAGAAAAAAUGCAAUUAUUAAAAAGUUACCUUCUGUUGAAACUUUGGGUACAUUAACUGAAAAUGUUAUGACCGUCACAAAGAUAUUUACACUGGAUGAGGAAAAUACUUUUGAUUUGGAACAUGGUUUACCCGAAAAAACAAGUGUUGCAAUGCGAGAAGUUCUUAAAAUUGGAGGAAUUUGUAAUAAUGCAAAUAUUGAUGAUGAUGGAAAAAAAUUUGGGCAGGCUACUGAUGUUGCGUUACUUGAUUGUCUUAUAAAAAUGAAUUUGGAAGAUGAAUUAGUGGGAUAUGAACGAAUUUCUGAAAUUCCCUUUAAUUCUGAUCAAAAAUGGAUGUCUGUAAAUUGUCGACGAAAGAAUGAUAAUUCUUCAAAAGAGAUUAUAUAUUUAAAAGGCUCAAUAGAAGUUAUAUUGGGAAAAUGUACAUCUUAUUUUGUUUCAGAAACUCAUAAACCACCGUUAGAUGUUCCAGCAAAAGAGUCGGUGAUGCGACAUGUUACUGCAAUGUCUUCCCUUGGUCUUCGAGUCCUUGCUAUGGCAUUUGGAUCUGAUCACAACAAACUUAUUUUUGUAGGAUGCGUUGCGAUGUAUGAUCCUCCAAGAAAGGGAGUUGAGAAGGCCAUAAGGGAGUUGAUUGGUGGUGGUGUUAAAGUAGUCAUGAUAACAGGAGAUUCUGAUCAAACGGCUCUUUCAAUUGCACGAAAGCUAGGUAUACCAGUAAACCCAUCAAAUCAUUCUAACUGUUUAACUGGUGCAGAUAUUGAAGCGAUGUCAAGUGAAGAUUUAAAAUCAGUUAUUGGUUCAAUAACUGUGUUCGCAAGAACAGCUCCAAAACAUAAAAUGGCUAUAAUACAAGCUUUUCAGGCAAAUGGUUCAAUUGUAGCCAUGACAGGGGACGGUGUAAAUGAUGCACCGGCAUUGAAAAUUGCAGAUAUAGGCAUAUCUAUGGGUAAAAGUGGAUCUGAUGUAUCCCGAGAAGCAGCCGAUAUUAUUUUAGUUAAUGAUGAGUUUGUAACUAUAUUAGAUGCUGUAAAAGAAGAUAUAUUAAUGGAUGGUCCUCCUGCACAAUCUCUUGGAGUCGAACCAGUAGAUGAAAAUGUUAUGAGACAACCUCCACGAAAGAAAAAUGCCCCAAUACUUACACCAGCAUUAAUAAUGCGUGUACUUACUUGCGCCGCAAUUAUUGUUGCUGGCACUUUAUUUACUUAUAUUACCGAAAUGCGAGACGGUGUUGUUACAGCGAGAGACACAACUAUGACUUUUACUUGUUUUGUAUUAUUUGAUAUGUUUAAUGCUUUAAGCUGUCGCUCAGAAAAGAAAUCAAUUUUUAAAUUGGGAUUAUUUUCAAAUCGAAUGUUUAAUUUAGCAGUUGCAUUUUCACUUAUUGGACAAUUAUUAGUAAUUUAUUUACCAUUUUUCCAAGCAGUUUUUCAAACUGAAGCAUUAGGACUUGAUGAUAUUUUUGGACUUAUGGUUAUAACAUCAUCAGUAUUUUGGAUUGAUGAAUUUCGUAAGCAUUAUCAUAAUCAAAAACAAGAGGAAGAAGAUUAUGGGACGGUUGCUGCUAUGGAAAUGGC